AUGAGCAGCUGGAAACAGCAACGGCGCAGAGAAAGGCUGUCGACUUUGGCCACGCACCAGCACGGAUACCCAUCGGACGCCCAACACCAGCUGAAGAAGGUGGAGCUGGCUCGGAGACUUGAGUCCGGGACCCCACAGUUCGGCUACACCGCGGUGUCGCAGCGGCGAGUGGGCGGGCGAGGCGUCCUGCUCGAUGCCCGCAACUUCCGCUGGGUGGGCUCCCGCAAGACUGGCCCAGUCGUCCUGCAGACGCGGGGCCUCCGCCGAUUUCGGAUACUCUCUCUCCGCAGCGAGGUGGUCAAGCAAGGGAGCGACCCUUUGUACCUUGCCACCAUACAGAUGCUGGCGGACCGCGACAUUUCGCGACUGUGCACCGGUGCUGGUGAGCAUCCCGCGCCGGAAACGAUCUGGGGACAGAUUUACGUUCAAACAGGUGGAGGUUUGGGCUUUGCCUCCUACCAUUUCCACCAUCCCGACGAGUGCUACAUCUCUUACGAGAGUGCUCUCAGCAAGACGUUUCCCGAGCUCGACAAUGGCAGCCAGCCUCCUCCGAAGAAGUACUUCGAAGAGGCAUCGUACGACCCCAGGACCCGCACCUUUAAGGGGGUCAUCGACUGGUCUCCGACUUCCUGGCAGGGUGACCAGAAGUGGGUGUACAACAUGACCUUCUCCGCGGAUCUGGACAGCAUCGUGGGAGGCUCUGUGCAUGCCAUCCCUGCGAACCAGGCCAAGCAGGCCAAAGACCUGCAAUUUGGAGUGAACCUCCAAUACCACCUCCUUCGGCUCGGCAUGGACACUGCCGAUGCAGUAAAGGAGGCCUUGCUACAGUCAGGAUCCCAGCUUUUUGAGGGCUUCUGGCCGGAGGUGGUGGGUGACUUCGGGGCGCUUGAGCUCAGCCCCAUGGUGAAGUCACUACUGCCAGUGACCGUCGGCGUCUUGGCUACGCUGCUCCUCCCCUUCAUCAUGAAGACAACACGAGUGUGCCUUGGGACGCUCUAUGACCUCUUGGAACUUUGCUGCAAAUGGGUCUAUGGCCGCGCCUCCCUACCGAAGUGCUGUGGACGCAGUAAAGGAGCCAGGCGAACUCUGGGUGGUCAAGCCGAAGAAGAAAAAGAGUCCGCCGCCGACCCAAGGGCCCAGACCCAAACCCUCCUGGACUACCUUGCCCCGCUGCACGACAUGGUCGCGCCCUUGGCUGACACAUACUUGAAGCCGAUCUUGGAGAAAGUCGAGAACGUCAAAGUCCUCCUCACAAACCUUCUCCAGACCUUCCAGGAAAUGGAUGUCAAAGCUACGCUGGCAACCAUGACGACCCAGCUUGAGACAUCCAAGACCAAGGUCCUAUCGGAGAUCAGGCAAGCUUUCCAGGAGGCGGACCUCAAGACCAAGUUCUCGGCCAUCACAUCGCAGAUAGAAGGCAGCAGAAACAAGCUUGUGGCCGAAUUCAAGCAGAGCUUCCAGGAUAUGUCCAAGCUGGUGGCCAGUCCUCCGGACCUCACCGCCAACUUCGCAGCCCUCAAGGCCCAGAUCGAGGAGGUUCGCGUCAAGCUUGUGGCGGCAACCCAGCUUGCUGCGCAAGAAAUUAAACAACACGUUCAGGGGGCCCUGGGAACAGCCACCACAAGCCCGGGGUCGACAACAAGCUCUACAACAAGCCCGGAACUGAAGGAAUGCCGAGAUGACCUUUCCAAGCUGGCUCAGACCCUGCAGACCAUCCAGGACCAGACCCUCCAAAUCCAGGCGGACAUCAAACUCCUGAAUAGCCGUGUAUCUCAGGGCUUUGACAAAGCGUCCUCGGAAGCAGCCUCAUCGCAUGGCACCCUCAACUCGCAGCUCAAAGGGAACCACUCCUACAUGAAGGGCAUGAAAGAAUCCCUCGACAGCAUCCUCCACAGGACGGACGCCCAGGAGCCGCGAGGAUGGCAAGUCAAGCAUGUGGAUGACAUGGGCAAGCUGGGGCUCCUCCUUGCGGAGAUCAAAGAGGCCCUCACUGACCUGACAGAAAGAGUGGAUGGCCAGGAAACAAGCUUGGUUAACCUGGUGGGCAAGCUUGGUCGCCAGGAGAACCAGGCCCAUGCCCAUGAGCAGAAACACGAAGCCAUCUACGACAUCCUCAAGGACAUGACAGGCCGGCUGGGUCGUCAGGAGAACCAGACAGCUGCCAAUGAGCAGAAAUGGGAUGCCAUCUUCGAUGUCCUCAAGGAGAUGCUUGACCGCAUGGGUGCCCGCCAGAUGAGGGGGCAAGGACAAUUCGCACCCCUGGCGCCUAACAUGCAGGACCCCCGCAUGGCAGACAUGAUGUCUCCGAUCCCGGGAGGGCUCCCCAGCGUCAGGCCCAUUCAGAUAGCUCCGCUUGUGAAUCAGCCGUAUCCUCAGCCCCCGCCACAGGUUUCGCAAACCCAACAAGGGCCCAUGGUCCCGCCGGGACCGAUGUCCCCAGCGCAACGAGCUGAGGCCCUCCGGGCGGCCCUUGAUUACAUAACCCCUGCACCUGGACAGUAA